CUGGGCAAAGAGGCACCUUUUACCGUGGUGAUUCUCUUUAUUUAGCAGGGGGAGAGUAACUAGCCCUAUCCACCCCCAGCACAGUACUUCCAGUGACUGUUGCUGGUGUGUGUCUUAUGUUUCUUUUUAGAAUGUGAGCCCUUUGGGGACAGGGAGCCAUCUUAUUUAUUUGUUAUCUCUCUUUGUAAACCGCCCGGAGCCAUUUUUGGAAGGGCGGUAUAGAAAUCGAAUUAAUAAUAAUAAUAGUAGUAGUAGUAAUAAUAAUAAUAUAAUCACCUUACCUCUAUAAGUAUUUGAUGUACAGCAAAAUCCUUUAUCCCCUAAUUAUGUUCUUUGCAACCCCUCAGCUCAAUAGUUGUUCUAAAGUUGCCUCUGUGUGUGCUAGUGAUUCUGAGCUUAUCUAUAGCUUAUAUGUUGCUGUGGUCCCCUCCAUAUUAUUUCCCCAAAUUGUGUCAUUCCUUUGUCAUUGUCACUCACAUUGAAUUAAAUAUUAUACAGUUGAGAACUGCUCUAGCUAUAUUAUGCAUGAAAUGGGCUAAACUGCCUGACUUCCACUUGCUGCAAGUCUUGUUGGUGAUUAGCUAGGCUGAUAGGAUGUCACAGAAUGUUCAAAGGUAUUCAAAUUGCUCAGGGUGAACCCGUCAGCAACACAAUAUGGGCAGCACAGGUUCUGUGUGAGGAAGUGAAAAGUUGUUUCUGUUGCAGAUUCCCAAGUGUCCAUUUAGCAAAUGAGAGCCCCCCCACCUUUUUUUGGUGGUUCUUCUUCAAAAAAAUAAAAUAAAAAUAAAAAUUAAAGGGGACAUUUUCACGGAGUCCUGGAAUUUUGCCAGAAUCAAGACCUGGUUUCAGCCAUCAUCUGGCCACUUUCAGAACAGGAAGAACCAGAAACUAUUUAAAAUGGAAAUAGAGGUUGAAAGGAUAAUUAUCUUCAUAGCAGACCCCAUCAUAAGCUGUUGUUUUUUGGGGAGUGUGUUCCCUGUCCUUUCCGAACCAUGGCCCUGGAACACAAUGAGGGAAUGAAUCGGAGCACUGGUUCUGAGCUGGCCCCUGCCAGUUUCAUCUGGAGCUGUAAGCUAGAUCUUGAGAACCCCACAUACACGCCACUUUGAGAACUUUGGCAGAAAUGUGGCAUAUACAUAUUCAUAGUAAUAACAUCAACUUCAGCACACACACAAAAACGUGCUUCACAAUGGCUGACAUCCGGCCUAAUUUUCUCAGUACUACUAUGGAAGACUGUAGCUACCUAAUGGUGCAGUGGGGAAAUGGCUUUAUUAUCAAGCCAGACUCAGAGGUUGCUGGUUCGAAUCCCCGCUGGUAAGUUCAGCUGCACGGGAGGAGGCAAUGGUAAACUUCUCCUGUAUUCUACCAAAGACAACCACAGGGCUCUGUGGGCGCCAGGAGUCGAGUCGACGGCACACUACCUUUGCUAUGGAAGACUACUAGAUUUCAAUCUCCAGUAAACUUAAGCAGAAUGUCAGCCACGGCACUGUUUCUUUUCCUCUCUCCAGUGCUCACAGACAGCCCGCUAGAGUUUUGCCCUGCAACAACUGACGGACACGGAGUGCAUUUAUCCUAUUGGUCGAAUAUUUCCCUCUCAGCCAAUAGCCACUCCGGAUUCUUCUGGGCGAGUGUUCCUAGUACUUCUCCGGAUGUGUGGGUUGCAGUGAUGAGUUCAAAUCAAGAUGUGUUGGGGUCGAAGAGUCCUGCUGAUCUUGGAGACAACUGUCCUUCUGGUGGGGUUUUGCUUUGGGUUUCAUACCUGGCAAAAUAUGUAUGGCUGCAUACUGAUUGAACAUGGGCACAAAACAGGGUUUUUCCAAUACGGCUAUGAUGGGAGGGACUUAAUUCACUCUGACAAGGAGACCCUAACCUGGGUGGCAGCUAAUGAGGAAGCCCAAGUGACUACAAGGAAGUGGAAUACUGAGUUGGCCAAUAACCAGUACAAGGCCUUCCUGGAGAAGACCUGCAUUGAGUCGCUACGGAAAUUUCUGGAGUAUGGGACUGAGGCUCUGUUAAGGAAAGUACCCCCAGCAGUGAAGGUGAUACACAAGGCAGGCUAUGAUGGCAUGGAAACUCUCGUCUGCCAGGCCCAUGGCUUCUACCCCAAGGAGAUUGAGAUCGACUGGAUGAAGGAUGGGGAAGUCUGGAAGCAGAGCACCUUCCAUGGACAAGGCCCCAACCCAGAUGGAACCUACCACACUUGGCUUGGCAUUGAGAUUGAUCCAAAGGAUAGGGACCGCUACCACUGCCGUGUGGAGCAUGACAGCCUGGGGACACCUGUGGAUGUUGCCUGGGAGGAGUCUGUCCCAGUGUGGAUCUUUGUGGGGUGUGUCGUGGGGGCCUUGGCUGUUACCUUCAUGUUCGUGACUGGCAUCACCUUCUAUAUCAGGAAAUGGCGAGGAGAUGGCUACAGAGCAGCAGCAAAGGGCGAAGAGCUGGCUACAGAGAAGCAGCAACAAGUGACCAGAAGUCGGACAGCUCCACUGAGGCAUAAUCUCCUGUUGGUGUCUGGGAAGAGAUUGGAGGGAAUCCACACAAGACAUGCUGCAGAUCAUCUGUGCUCCUUGGAAGAAUAUUUGUUUUUCUCCAGUUAUGGUUCUGGCCCUCCACUCGCAUCUUCUUUCCAAAUGGAGGUGGGGUGGAGCAGGUGUUUUGCUAGGUACUUAAAAGAUUCCAGGCCCACAGUGCCCUCCUUUUGAUAAUAGGGAUGUCUCCUACAAAUAUUUUAUUCAUCUCUCACCAGAAAGUAAUUACAAGUCACCUGGUAUUCUCUUGUUUCAUGAAAUCUGCUCAUACACAGUUGAAAUCAAGGCUUGAAAAUCUUAUUUGCCCCCCAAACAGGUAACAAGUAAUUUCAACUAUAAAAAUCACCAUGCUUCCACUGUGCCUGGAGCUUUGUCAAUAGCUGAUGACAGGCAGUAACUCAGUAGGUGGAGUUUCCCCCAGAUUUGGGAGACUGGAACUUCACCCACUGAAGUCCUGGCUGUCAUGCAGCUGAAUUACAGGCAAAAUAUAAGCAGGUGCUGCUUCCAUCCAUAUGCUUGGUGAAAUUGUCCAUUUUGAAUGUCAUACAAGUCCGGAAACUUCAGUUGGUUCAGAAUGCGGCAGCCAGGUUGGUCUCUGGGUCAUCUCGGGGGGACCAUAUUACUCCUUUACUGAUGGAGUUACACUGGCUGCCAAUAGGUUUCCGGACAAAAUACAAAGUGCUAGUUAUAACUUACAAAGUCCUAAACUGCUUAGGCCCUGGGUAUCUAAGAGAGCGUCUUCUUCAUUAUGAGCCCCACCGCCCACUGAGGUCAUCUGAGGAGGUCCGCCUCCAGUUACUGCCAACCCGUUUGGUGGCUACACAGAGAUGGGCCUUCUCAGUCAGUCACUGCCCCGAGAUUGUGGAAUGCGCUCCCUGCUGAGAUACGAUCCUCCCCAUCUCUGGCAAUUUUCAAAAAACACCUGAAAACCCAUCUUUUCACCCAAGCUUUCUCAGCUUCCUAAAUUUGGGGUUUUUUAAUAUAUGGUUUAUUUUAAAAUUCAAAACCCAAUUUCAGGGUUUUUAAUCACUGUAAUUGUUUAAUUGUUUUAAAAUGUUUUUAAAUUGUUAAUUAUUAUGUUGUUUUUUACUUUGUUUUAGCUCUUUACUGUUUUAGUGGUUUGUUUUAAUUGUAAACCGCCCUGAGCCAUUUUGGAAGGGUGGUAUACAAAUCAAAUCAAAUAAAUAAAUAAAAUAAUAAUAAUACUGCUGUUAGAAGUCCUGGGCCUCUGACCCAUAUUUGGAAUCCAGCAACUACUCCCCCUUAUGAUGUACAAGGCUGGAGGAUGAUGAGAGCCAUAUAGCAGCACUGAGGCCUAGUGGCUGUGAGGUAAAAAUGGAGGAGGCAACUGUUGGGUAGAAAUAGCCACAGCUGAGGAGCUGACGUUUAUGGGGUAAGAGAACAGGACCAAUCUACCUGAGAGGCAUGAGUUAUACCAUUCAAGUGUAACAGUUCCCUUUUUAUUUUCAAGACAGUUCUCCUUCCCUACAUAAUGAGCCAAAUUUCACCAGCCCUGAGAGAAGCCCUGUUUUCAGGGCUAAAGACAGAGUAGAGGACACUGACCAGCCACUCUUUGCUCCCCCUCCCUUCACUGCAAGUCCCCCCACCACACACUUUUUUUAAAGUGGGGAGGAUAAUUCCCCCCUAUACUGGUACACAAUAUAAGAGGGUGAUUUUUUUGGCGGCGGUGUGGGGGGGGCAUUUCUAACUUAUAGUGAGGUUGUGCAGGAUUGAUGCCAUGAUCACCUCAACCAGUGAAAGAGCAUUUAAAACCUUUAAGCAGGUUUUAAAAACAAACUAUUUCACAUAGGAAGAAUAAAAAUCACAAGGUUACCUAAUGGUGAGCUGAUUAGUGGAGUAAUACUACUAAAAAUACUAUAGGAAAUUUAGGAGACAACCCCAUUAAACUCACUCAUAACCCCUACCAAAGAAUAAUUAGGUAAUUUUAAAAAGUCUCUAUUUUUAUACUGCAGUGGAAUCCUAUGCAUGUCUACCUGGAAGUAAGCCCCAUUGUGGUCAGUGGUGAUCAUAAGAUUGCAGCUUCAGUUAACAAGACACUGAAAUGAACAAGAUUAAACUCAAAUUGGCAGAGAUUGUAGUCUUCCAGCAAUGCCAUAGGUAAAUCAAGGACUGGAAUCUCCUUUUUCUCCUGCAGUCAAUACCCUCCUGCAACUGAACCCUUGAGGAGCAGUGUAGUAUAGUGGUGAGAGUGUUGGACUAGGAUGGGGGAGAAGUGGGUUCAAAUCCUUCUUUCCUCAGCCAUGGCUACCUUUAGGCAAGUCACUCUCUUUCAGCCUAACCUACCUCAACAGCCUAACUUACCUCAACAGAACUGUGCAGAGGAUAAAAGUGAGGAGGAAAAAGCUGAGCUCCAGAUGUAAAUAUUAUAAAUAAAAAAUAAACUUUGUGUAUAUGUGUACAUAACAUAUGCCAAUUUAUGCUGACGUUUAGCCACAUACACUCCAGUCUUAAGCAUGUAAACUCAGAAGCAAACUAAAAUUGAUAUAAAAAGGGGAAGGUUUUUUUAAACUCCUCCUAAAAAGCUGAGAGGGAGAUAGAUUGAGUGCUAAACACACCUCUGGGGUGGAAAAGGCUUCUAUUCAGCCCCACUAGAACCUUAAUCUUGGUUCCUGUGGGUUUUUAAAUACUGGCUUUAAAUCAUGAGCUGUGAUCUCUGAAGUAUUUGUCACAUCACCUGUUUCCUGUCACAAACAUCCAUUUGGUGUCAGUUGUCAAAAGACUCAAUACCUUUUGAACAUGCUCUUAGAAAAUAUGCUAUUAUUUCUAUAAUGUUUAUAUAUUUCUACAAUGUUCUAUAAUAUAUUCUAUAAUAUAUAUGAGUACCCAGAAUGUUGGGGGCAAUAUGCUAAAUCAUUGUAAACCGCUUAGAGAGCUCCAGCUAUAAAGCGGUAUAUAAAUGUAAGUGCUAUUGCUAUUGCUAUAUUAUUUCUAUAAUGCAUAAUGUUAACUGCAUCACCAUCUUGAUCAUUGUUCCAAUACUGAAAAAAGGGUUUGCUAAUCUUAAAUCGAUCAAUUUCCUCAGAAUAUCCUAUUAUCACUUAAAUUAAAGGAACAGCUUACAGGCAAUGAAAUGAAAAUGUUCAAAAUGCGUAAAGCAUUCUACCUUUGACCUUGGAUGUUAUUAAGCCAGAAGGUUGACAAUCUUAGUUGCAAUAGGAUGGAUUUUAGACUCUAAAGCCUGAAACAAUUUAUUAUGGGGCGGCUAACAAAUAAAGUUGUUUAUGUAUUUAUUUA